AGUGAAACGUCAUAGGACAGUAUCUUAACAAUUCUAUGUUGGGAAAUGUAAGGAAAACAACGGAUGGUAGUGAAUGAUUUUUCACUAAAAUCUGAAAUAGAAACCUACUAUUGAAUGGACUAUUGAAUAUUGACAUUCUGCUACGACAAUAUAUUUCCAAAUGUGGUGUUUCUCAAAUGUUUUAUGAGCUCUUUGAUGAAGUGCAUGAGGUUCUCCGUAGAUAGUGCGCACUCUGUGUGCAAAGAGGGUGCGGGGGCGCGUGAUCUUCAUCCGCUUGCGGAGUUUACAAUUGGGAUCCUAGUUGUAAAAAGUGGGAAUACAUUUUUUAGAAAAUGUCAAACGCGGAACAGGAGUUCGAACCAGUCUCGCUUGCGGUGGGUAACGGAAUUGAGACCAACAGACGCUGUUGCGGGAAAGAGCUCUCAGCUGAAGACCACAAAUAUCAUUACCAUGAUCAUGUAAAAUUUGGAACCAUCACCAAAAGUAGAAGAAUGGAGAAGUCACUCUCCAGAGAAGCCAGUAGCGUAAAGGGAACCAUGCUAAUGUCUGAAAACGGCUUCCCAACAGCUCUUCCCAUGUUGCUGGCUAUGGUGGAGGGGCCCGACAGACUUCCUGCUGACGAGGGGUCCCAGGAAGUGCUGCGGGGGAAACUCCGCCUCUUGGAGGUCGACAGCAUAGAGGUCAACGCUCUCUUCACGGAACUCUCUGCCCGGCUGGUUUCAGUCAACAGUGAAGAAAACAUCAUAUUGGUCACAUUCAAAACAUUUGAAGAGAUAUGGAAGUUCACCACAUAUUACACAAUGGGUUUUCUGGGUUUGUGCAUGGAGAACCUGCUCCUGGACCAGGACUUCUGGUUGAGUUCACUGGACCAGGAGGAUGUUGGCAUAGAGAUAUCUAUUCAAGAAGAGACCCUCAACCUCAUGUACAAAGGCAUCCUCAUGCAAGAGGGUUCCUUCUUUGCCAGCUGUAGUUCCACCCAGAUGUUUGACAGCUCCACCUCUGGCAGUGACCUGUACCUGGAGCAUGGGGACAUAGCCCUGUUCGAGCCUCCGUUCCUGGGUUCGGGGUGGACUGUCCUCUCCUUGGGGGAUGGAGCUCGGGGUACCAAGCCCAAACCAGCCCUGGAGCCUGUUGUACCAUUCCACCAAUGGUUCUUGAAAUCCUGUACAGAGAACAUCUUAGUCGGAAGUGUCAAGCCAGCAUGUACCUUCCCCUAUCAGUUUGCCAUUGGUUCCUGCGAGGCUACCGUGGAGUAUGACGCUGGUGGGCCCGAUGAGCUGAGCCUGUUGCAGGGGGAUCGCGUUGGUAUUGUGGGCCUGCUGGUGUCCUGCUUUGAGUGGUUCACUGGCAGGCUGGAGAGGACCGGCGAAGUGGGGCUAGUGAUGACCACGCUGGUCAAGCCAGCUGAUGAUACCCUUUGUCAUCAGGACAUAUUCCUAGAUAAAGAAGAAAGGCAAUUCUUUUAUUUGAAAGAAGAGAAAAUCAAAGAAGAAAUGAUUGCCUUGCUCAAGAAAAUCUCCCAGAAUGAUGUUGGAUCUGUCUAUAAACUUGAUCUGUUUAGUCAACAGGACUCUCCAAAGGAAUCACCUCUAAAUUGUUCUCAAGGCAAAAUGGACGCUCACCAACAAGCAGAACUGAAGAGGAAGAUAGAAGAAAUUCUAAAAGAAGGAAAUGUGCCUUCUGCAACUGUGCCAACAAAUGGAACUCUGGAGGACAGUGAGACCUCUUGGACUGCAUUACCCAGUGGGCCUCACUUCACCAUCCAUCCAGUAGAGGAAGACACCACCACCAAGCAAGAUCAACUUGUUCCUCUCCUCUCCUUCCAGUGCUCUGACUACAAGCCAGAAUUUGGUACCCUCUACAGACAAACACCAAAACUGCUUCUCGACACUUUCAAUGGCCACUUGGGAGACGUUGACCAAUUAGUGGCAUAUUUAGGUGUUGCCAGGGAAACGGCUAGGAAGAAGCGUCUCCAUUGGUCCCAGAGUCGCCUCUGCUUUCUUUUGGGGAAACUUUGCGCAGGACGCUCAAAAUUUUCCCAGGCGAGAGUCUACUUUGAAGAGGCGCUUAGCAUACCAAGAGAUGGUUUCACAGACAUGUUAAUGCUAGCUAGCAUCUACGCUAACCUAGCAGUGAUCUAUCUCAAGCAGAAAAAUACUGAAAAGUACUUUGCUCUGUCAGAGCGCAUCGCUGCAUUGCUCAUGGGUAUUCCUGACUGUGUAUCUAUCAUAGAAAAAGACUCUGAAGUCCUCAAGUUCAUCUUGAAGAAGGCGGUGCUUAGUCAUAACAAAAUGGCUGAGGCCCGCUCCUGUUUCCUGCUAGCGAAUCUCCACUGGAGGCAAGGCGAGGAGGCAGACACUGUUCCCUUCCUGGAGAGGUUACUGUUUCUCUCAGAAGAGCCCCCAGGUGUCCGGAGUGUCACGCACAGCCACGGUUACCUGAGCCUGGGGAGGCUGUACAGCCAGCUCUCCCUCCCACACCUCUGUGUCAGCUCAGCCAGACGAGCCAUGACGCAUCCAUCGGCUAGGCUAAUCGACUGUCUGAAUGGGAUGGGGCUAGUGCUGCAGAACACAGCCAGACUCUAUGGAGUCAACAAGCAGGAAGUUGCCAUUCCGGCUCUGAUGGCUCCAUAUCUGAGUCGAUCGCUGUCUUUCACUGGGGAUUAGGGAGUCGGAGGCAACGGCAACCACACUCUGAGCCAGACUUUAGCGCUGUGCCUGUCCCAGCUAUUUCAGAAACACGGGAUGCUGGGACAUGCAGUACAUUCCAUGCACACCGUUAUAGAACAUUAUAGCGGGCCGUCAUCAUCGUUGAGCGCCUCCAGCAGCUCUGAACGAAAAUGUGCCCUUGUGUGGCUAGCAUGGCUGCACAUCUGCAACAGCCAACCAGAAGUAUCUCUCGACAUCCUUGAUUCAGUGUUGGCCUCCAUGCCAGACCAUUGCAUUACCCAACAGGAAGGACUGGUCCACAACAUGAGGGGAGUGGCUCUUCGAUGUAAAGGAGACUUGCGGAGAGCUGCAGAGAGCUACCAGGCAGCGAUCGACGUGUGUGAGGAGUUUGAAGACAGAGCCAACUGGGCAGUGGCAGAGGCUAACCUGAGUUUACUGUGCCUGAAGGCAGGGGCUAAGAGGCUGGGGGAGAGGCAUCUUACAGAAGCUGUGCGGUUAUUCUCUGAGCUGGAGGAAGAGGGACAUGAGGAGAACUUUAUAACAGUUCUGUUGGAGAUGGGACAGCACUGUGUGAACCAGGGACUCCUGAACCGAGGGAAAAUAUACUAUGAAUGGGCUCUGCUGAUGGCCAUCAAGUCAAACCAUUCAGACAGUCAGUUGAGUGCGACACAGCGUCUGGCCCACCUAUACGGAGCUGUAUGUCCUGACCACGCUCAGUGCAUCAUCUACUACGAACAUCAGCUGACCCUGCUGACCAAUCAGGGAGACAGACAAAAGGAGGGGGAGGUCCUGGAGACCAUCAGCCAGCUGUACCUAAGUCUGGGGACAGAGAGGGCUUGGCGGUUGGCUCUAGACUACACCAAGAGGAGCCUGGGUAUCUUUAUAGACCUGGGUCGGAGGGAGAAGGAGGCGUACGCCUGGUUGUAUGCCGGGAAGAUCUACCACAUGCUGGGUCAGACUGAACUGGUGGACCUCUAUGUGCAGGUGGCCCAGGACGUAAGUUUGAGUACAGGAGACACACACUUCAUCCUACAUCUACUGGAAGCAGCAGGCGACGUCUUCUUCAACAGCUGUCAGGAGAGAGAGAAGGCUAUCUGCUUCUAUAGGGACCGUGCCCUGCCCAUUGCUGUGAGGACCAGCAGUUUGGAGGCCAGGCUGAGACUGUCUAACAAGCUGGUGGAGCUGCUGCUGAAUCUCAAGAUGUUUGGAGAGGCUGUGGAAUAUGCCCAGACCUCCUUGGACAUCAGCAUUACAUUGGGAGAUCGACUGAAUGAGCGCGUAGCAUUCCACCGCCUUGCUUAUCUGUACCACUGUCUGGGCCAAUUUGAACUGGCUGAACACUACUACUUGAAGACGCUCUCUCUCUGCCCUGCACCCCUGCAGUUUGAUGAGGAAACCCUGUACUAUGUCAGAGUUUAUAAGACUUUGGGUGAUAUCAUCUUCUAUGAUCUGAAGGACCCUUAUGACGCAGCAGGGUACUACCAUCUGGCGCUGGCAGCAGCCAUGGAUCUAGGCAACAAAAAGUCCCAGCUCCAGCUCUGCACGCGAUUGGCUACCAUCUACCACAACUUCCUGGUGGACCGGGAGCUCUCGCUCUUCUUCUACCAGAAAGCAAGGGUGUUCGCUUCGGACCUCAACAUACGCCGUAUCAACCUCUCCCCCUCUCAGAACUUCCAUAGUAUGCCACACGCCAAGGAAAACCUUUAGAAAUGUGAAAGUUUGUCAUUUUGAACCAUUGAUGAGUGUUAUUGUGAACUGGCCAAUCAGUAUUCUGUUCCAUACGUAACAAUAUCAAUCAGAAUAGAAUCGUGCAGCAAUAACUGGAAAUUGCCUUCAAUUGAUGACCUGAAGUUUAAGUUAUGUUUGUCAAAUGGACUGAAUCAUGAAAGACAUAUCUUUAAUAUAUCUGAAGAUUCAAAGAAGUUAAUUACUUUGACCACUUGGACUGGACACCACUGAGCAAAAUAAUUUCAAAUAUGUAUUUUCAUUGUCUUUUCAAUGUCUUUUCAACAUCUGGUGCUUCUGGGGAACGUUGUUAGGGGAAACCUCAAGCCGUAGCAAAGGCCUGUCAUUUUUUCUGGUCAAGUACAUUCUCAGAAGGUCCCACCAGUUGUGCAGUGGUCUAGGUCUGCUAGGUGUACAGAACCUGGUUGAGAUGUUGGCUGGGGCCCGGAAGUCCAGUAGCGGGGAGAGUCGCCCAGGCUGGACGGGUAUGUCAGAUAUACAUGCCUGCAAGCUUUAUUUUGGUUGUUGGCUAAGAAAGCAGUGUAAUAAGAACCUCUCGGCGAGAUGCGCAUCAGAAGUCACAUAUUGAGCGUCGACCCUCCAGGAUCUUCUGUUUAGUUGUUGCAAUGAGAAGUGAACAAAAUUUCUAAUUUGGCAUUGAGAAAUUGAGAGGGGAGGGAAAAAAAGGUAAUCACUCCAGGGUCCAUACGCAUACCUAAUGAGCCACUAAUGCCUUUUUUCCCCAUGUAUUAUGGUGUUCUUGUGUCUUGCAAUCAACCAUCACUGUGAUGCUGUUAUAAAUACAUGUAUGUACAGAUAACAUAAAAAUCCAUAUUCUAAAAUAAAUUAAUCAAACCUU